GUUAAAAAGCCAACAUUUCUUUGCAAUAGUCGGUCAAAGGGUUUGACUAACGAAAUUAGAAGAAAAAAACUAACGGCAGGGGGGUAUUUGAUGUUUUCAAUACUUCAGGGGGGUAAACGAUAUAUUUAUCAUAGUACAGGGGUGCAAAAUGAAUUUUACCCAGAUAAAUUUAGGUCUACAAAAAUUUACGUAUAUAAUUCAGGGUAAGUAAUUAUAAUUAUCCAAAUCAGACGGGCAUUUUCGUAAUUUGGUCUUGACGUCAUUUGGCUAAAAAAAAUUGAGAAAAGCACACUAAAAAAUCUUCCCCCCUUUAAAUAAUCAAACACAUCAACCUGAAGUGCAGUGUAAGCCAACACAUCAUCUCUCUCUCUACUCUCUCUCUCUCUCUAUCUUUCUCUCUCACACAAACACACACACAGAGAGACACACAGUAAAGAGAGAAAACAACAAAGCAAAUAAAAUCACUCAAAAAAAACUUCACCAUCAAUGGCGUAGAGAACGAUCAAACAUAAACCUUGCGUACCGGAAACCUCCAUAUUCAACUAAUCAACAAUCUUCACUCCAAAACAUAUUCAAAAUAUUCAAAUAUAUAAUAUAUAUAUAUAUAUAGUGGUGUGAGAAACAGAGAGAGACUGUGUGUGUACUGUGUGAGAGAGAGAGAGUUGAAUAAAAAUAUAUGAAGAGGAGAGCAGAAGGCAAACCUGGGAAAGCACGGCGACCAUCAGUUCCUGGACGGAUUCUUCGGCUGCAUCAAUGAAAUCACGGCGGCGCUUGUGUUCACUAGGAUGAGUGAGUCCGCCUACCGAGUCGAAACGACGUCGCGCCUCGCCCAAUGGCGGAUCGAGAAUCUCGCCUCCUGCACUUACAGAAAAUCCGAUCCUUUCAAGAUCGGCAAGUGGAAUUGGCAUUUAUCUAUGGAGAAGAACAGGGCCUUGUUCAUUAAACUGUACCCCGAAAUAUCGAAUUUAACUCGAGAGAAUCCUCCGAUUGCAUCGUUCGUAAUCAGAGUGGUUUCCUCUGUGGGAGAUCGCAAGUGUUUAGUUCAUCCAGAAAUUACCGAUAAGCAGCUCAAAAGCAACGAGGAUUUCGUCUGGGCUAUCGAGGUUCCGUUAAGUGGCAAAUUCAUCAUCGAUGUUGAGUUUCUUGAUCUGAAAAUCGGAUCUCCAGACGGCACAGAACUUUGCUCGAUUUGGAGCGAAGGAUUCACACAGAGACAAUCAAAUGAAACAGCUCUUACAUCACUAGGUCGAAUGUUGUCCGAAAGCAUCCACACGGAUAUUGCAAUCAACGCCUCAGACGGAAGCAUCUCUGCACAUAGGGCAGUUCUAGCAUCCAGGUCACCAGUUUUCCGAAGCAUGUUCUCGCACGAUCUCAAAGAGAAAGAACUAUCUGCGAUAAACAUUUCAGACAUGUCAAUCGAACCUUGUCAGGCUUUUCUGAACUACAUAUACGGAAACAUACAGAACGAGGAAUUUCUGACGCACAGGCUGGCCCUACUUCGGGCGGCGGAUAAGUACGACAUUUCGGAUUUGAAAGAAGCCUGCCACGAGAGCCUUCUAGAAGAUAUUGACGCCAAGAACGUUCUAGAACGACUGCAGAACGCUUCUUUAUAUCAACUACCAAAACUGAAGAGUAGCUGCAUGAAGUAUCUGGUGAAGUUUGGUAAGAUUUUCGAUAUUAGAGAUGAUUUCAAUGCCUUUGUUCUGUGUGCGGAUAGAGAACUGAUUUCUGAAGUACUGAACGAAAUUCUCGCUGCUUGGAAGGGCUUCUGAUUAAUCCUGUCUGAACGAAAAAAAAUGGAAAAAUAUAUUAGUGUGAAAGUACAGCAAUUCAUUGUCUGAAGAUGGAUAUUCUUUUGUGUAAGUUUGUUUUUACGUGUACAGGAAUUGAUUUGAUUUGAUUGGCGGAUGAAUCUUCGUCCGAUGUGUAUAUAGUUUGGGUUGAACUAGAUAAGAAAACCGCAGUGUAAAACGAUGUACAAUGUAUGAAACAAAAUUGUGAUUUGUUACUUACGAGAAUCGACGUUUGUUUUCA